AUUCCAAAAGGUAUUCUCACGUAAAAUCCUAUAUAACUACACGGUUUAUUUAUAACAAAAAAGAAAUAAAAAAAAAAACUACAAAAACUUAACGCAAAUCGUACGCAGUUUAGAGACAUUUGGAUAAGUCAUUUUGUGUAUCAGGCCACCACCCAUUGAUGAAAAACCCAAUAUAUAGGCCACAAGCAACGGCGUCUUCAUUGUUGGGAAGGAUGUGGUGCGGUUCAAUGACGUUGGCCAAAUCAAUAUUUGUUUUAAGCGUAAUAGCCGCAUUUUUCCACUCAAAAUUGGUGGAGGGUCGCAAACAUCAUUUGGAAGUGCAGACUGAUAGUCGCCCAUACAUAGCCCUAUCCACUUUUGGUUUCUACACCCAUGGCCAUUUGAAUGUGAAAUUAAGUAAUCUUGUUCUCUCCGAUGAGAAAGGCAAUGAGAAUAUUGGCCUUUCUCUGGACAAAACUACCAUAGACCAAAUGAAUCCCUAUUUGGAUUCCCAUCAAAAUAAAUGCUUGCUCGAAGAAUCAUCCGGUUUGCAAAGGAGUGGUCCCAUUCUAUUCUUCUUAUUUGACUUGAAGAAACUACAAGUCCAUGUAAAAUGUUCCCCCGAAUGGCGCAACCAACAAAUCUAUCGAGACAGCUCCAUGUUUCCCAUGUAUCGCAACAAGAGACAAUCAGCCCACAAAACUCAUGGGGACAAUUUGGUUUUGGGACCGCGACGACGAAGACGUGAUCUUGCCCCACAUGAGGGUAAAGCCAAUGUCGAUGAAAAUGCUGCAGCUGCUGGUUUAGAUGGUCUAGAUGAAGAUGACUCCUAUGAAGUUCCUAUAAUGCCCUCAAAGCCCCAAGGUCCCCUAAAGAAUGAUGAAGAUAAUGUCAUAUCAGAGGAUAGAUUGGAUGAGCUAAAACUAUUGCCACCAGUUGCUCAAAACAAACCUGUGGAGGAGAGUAAAUCUCAGCCUAAAGUGGAGGAGAAAAGUCCACAUGAAAAACAACAAAUAAAUUCUGUGCCAACUCCCUCAACCUAUGUUGCUCAAGACAUGUCAGCAUUUUCCAAUGAAAAUUCUCUACAUUCGCAUGAGUUUUGCUCGGAUUUGGCAUUGCCCUUGACAAAGACAGUGAUAAAUGGAGUAAACAAUUACAAUAUGUCGUUUGCCAUGUUUGUUGCCACCCUACAUGAGGAAGGUCUAUAUAAUUUAUAUUUCCAUAAUUGUGAAAAUUAUCAUGGCAGUGAGAAGCAGGUUUCGUUUGUGGUCGAUAUUGAGGAAAACAAUAAUGGAAAUUAUUUAUCAGCUGGUGAAAUGCCUUUACCCGCCCUAUAUCUUAUGAUGUCUUUGUUAUUCUUUUUAUCUGGCCUCUUUUGGGUUUUCAUCUUAAAGAAGAGCAAGCACACUGUAUACAAAAUUCAUUACAUCAUGGCCGUUUUGGUGUUCCUAAAAUCACUUUCAUUGAUGUUCCAUUCAAUAAACUAUCAUUUUAUUGAAAUUCGUGGCGAACAUGUGGAAGCUUGGGCGAUUUUGUACUAUAUUGCGCAUUUACUCAAAGGAGCAGUUUUGUUUAUCACCAUCGUUUUAAUUGGAACCGGUUGGACUUUUAUUAAACACAUUUUGUCGGAUAAGGAUAAAAAGAUUUUUAUGGUGGUCAUACCUUUACAGGUUUUGGCCAAUGUUGCCGAAAUCAUUAUCGAGGAAUCCGAAGAAAGUGAUGCUGAAUUCAGAACAUGGCAUAACAUUUUCAUAUUUGUCGAUUUGCUGUGUUGUGGUGCCAUUUUAUUCCCCAUUGUCUGGUCAAUACGCCAUUUGCAUGAAGCCUCGGCUACAGAUGGCAAAGCAGCCAUUAAUCUACGCAAAUUGAAACUAUUCCGCCAAUUUUACAUCAUGAUUGUUUGCUACAUCUACUUUACGCGCAUCAUUGUCUACUUGCUGAAGAUGACAGUGGCCUUCCAGUACGCCUGGUUGGAUGAGAUGUUCCGUGAAAUGGCCACCUAUGUAUUUUUCGUAUUGACAGGCUAUAAAUUCCGUCCCACAUCGUCACAUCCCUACUUUGCUGUGGACGAUGAUGAUGACGACGACGAGGUUGAGGUUCUUACAGAAUCCGGUCUAACACACACCAUACAUCGUACAAAGGCCCAAAGUCGUAAUGUGGGUUCGGGUACCACCAUCAUCGAGGGCAAUGAUGAGGAGAAGGAGAAUCUAAUAUCUAAGCGCGAAUCCAGUCAUGAAUACGAUUAAAUCUAUUAAGUUGUCCAAGUUUUUUUUUUUUAGAUUGUAUGUUUUUAUUAUAUAAUAAUAAUUUAAAAUAACAUAUAUACAUACUAUAUAAAAUCUACCUUUGAGGUUUACACCUUAUGGUUUUCUUAAAGCAAACAAAACAAAAAAUAAUCAGACUGACUGAAUGAAUCACUUAAUGAAACCGAUUUGUUCUAAGUUGUUAUACUGCUGUUUUAAUUCUAUUUUUGGCCCCAACAAUUUCUUAAUUUGUGUGAAUAUUUUUUUUUUGUCGUUGUAUUUUUAAGGUAUUGUAGAGUAAUUAAAACAAAAAAACGGAAAAAAACAGCACAUCAAUCUCAUUUGAAACAUACACACAAUAAACUACAUUGAGGAUUCCCUGUGGGAGCUGUACACUAUUUAAAACCACAUUUAGAGAAUUUGCCAUAUUUCAAGGGCAUGAAAAUUGUGUCAAAUUUUGCAAAUUGGCUAUACAAAAAAAAGGUUGAUUUUAUAAACAUUUUUUUUUACUUUUUACAAGUUGUGUAACACUAAACUCUUCUUCAAAUUGAACUACUUUUAUUGUCUUUUAAAAAAAUCACUCCAGUUGUAAAAACCCAAAAUUUGUUCUUUCAAAACAUAUUUUCGUUCCGUAAAUUUGGCAAAAGUUUGAAUUUUUCCUUCUUUUAUUUUUCAUUAUAAACACUUGAAUGGAAAUGCUGUACAUGUUUGACUUAUACUCUUAUUUUUUUGAUAGCCCUUAUUUGUUUGUUUAACAGCACAUCCAAUAGUGCCAACACCCUAGUUCAUUCCCAUGUAUUUUUGGCUUAUUCUGCAAUCAUCAUUUUCAACUCAACUUCCAGAAUCCAUAAUUACACCGAGUAAAUAUUUUAGCUAAAUUGCAAUGAGAUAAAUGAGAUAGAUUUAAGUCUUUUUAAAUAAAUUCCCAAACAAAUAAUGCUUUA